AUGCUGCGCCAGAACAGGACGCUGAAGAGUCUGGACAUUUCGAGUAACUGUAUCACGGACAUCGACCCCGUCACCGGAACCCUCACCACAACCAACAACGUCCUCACCGGAACCCUCACCAUAAUCAACAACGUCUUCAAGAUUCUGAAAGUUCGUCAUAGCCUGAUCAAGCGCAUCGAGAAAAGCGCCUGGAUGGAUGACCUGACCGAGGUGGACCUCGCGCGUAACGAGCUUGACAAGAACUCUGGCAAGGCAAUUGCGUACAUGCUGGUCAAGAGCAAAACACUGAAGAUUCUGCAAGUUUGGGGGAACCCUGGUAUUCGCUCCAGCAUCCCUAAGAUGAUGCAAGCCCUCCGCGACAACACGACGCUGAUCGAGCUGGGCAGACCCGUGCAUCACGAAUCCGUCAUGCCGGUCGGGGAGAUGCUUGCCCAGAACAAAAUGUUGCAGUACCUUAAUUUAAAGCCCGAUCUGAAGGGCGAUUCGAUUGAUUGGAGGCCCAUCGUUGAUGACCUGCGUCGGAACCAGGACAGCAAGCUCAAAAGGUUGAUCAUGGAUGCGGAUGGUGUACGUCACUUGAAGACGCAGCUCGAGGCGGUUAAGAGCGACUUGCUUGUCGUCUGUGACAACUUCAAGAAUGAAUACCUCUGA